AUGCUGUCGUCAAAGCCCAUGGACCCCAUCGUCCACCACACCACCGAGCCCGACCAGGAGCGUCGAGGCGCCGAUGUCGUCCAUCUCGCUACCCAAACAAAUCAGAUGACGCUCCGAGAGAAUUCGGCCGCUCCAGGCUACACUACCUCACCCCGCGCUCAGGCUGCCUCGUCCGCACAGCCCAGCUCCACCUCGACAUCCGACUUGCCCACGCCCGUUGCCAGCAACAACGCACACGUCGUCUCUUCUCCGGCGCAGGUGGCUUCACCCGUGUCCACCGGAGGCCUCGACGCUUCAAGCGGCAUCGUCUCCGGCCCCGUCGAUGCCAUCACAGGGCCCAGCGCCUCCGCCGCCAAAAUUCGAUCCGAGAACCUCAGAAAGUUGGGUCUCAGCGAGCGCGCGGAUCACUCGGGCGUCGCCACACCUAUCGGCACCGGUGGCUCCUCCGCACACUUCCAGCCCAACAACGCAUCGUCCGAACCCGUCUCGCCCGUCGUGAGCCAGCCCAAGUCCGGCCUCAACAAGGUGCUCAGCGGCGCCAUGACUGGCACCAACUUCCAGCCCGUCCAGGGAGCCGGCGCCAGCGGCCUCGCAUCAGCGCGCGGCGUUGACGCUUCCGGCAACGAAACAGCCACCAGCACGCCUCCGCAGUUCAUCUUCCCCAAGCUCGGCUCGCGGCGCAACACCGACCGCCACUCCGGCAGCGGCAGCGGCGCCGCCUCGCCCUCGGACAACGACGGUCACCACAAGAAGAAGAAGGACAAGGAUCACUCGUCCCACCAUCAUAACCCGCUCUCCGACUUGCGCAAGUUCCUCCACAACCACAUCGGCCACCACAACAGCGACUCCCGCAGCGACAGCAGCCGCUCCGGCGUCGCGACCCCCAAGCGUCACGGCAAGGAUUCGCCGCCCCUCGGCGAAGACCACGCACACCUCGCCAAAAAGUACGGAAAGUGGGGCAAGGUGCUCGGCUCCGGCGCCGGAGGUACCGUGCGUCUCAUCAAGCGCUCCAAGGACCACACCGUCUUUGCCGUCAAAGAGUUCCGCCAGCGCAGGCCCGGCGAGAACGAGAAGGAGUACAUCAAAAAGGUCACCGCCGAGUUCUGCAUCGGCAGCACCCUCCACCACGUCAACAUCAUCGAGACCAUCGACAUCAUCUCCGACCACGGACACUAUUACGAGGUCAUGGAAUACGCUCCCUACGACCUUUUUAGCGUCGUCAUGAGCGGCAAGAUGUGCCGUCAGGAGAUCUACUGCGUUUUCCGUCAGAUCUGCGACGGUGUCGACUACCUCCAUUCCAUGGGUCUCGCACAUCGCGACCUCAAGCUCGACAACUGCGUCAUGACUACGGGCAACAUUGUCAAGCUCAUCGACUUUGGCACUGCCACCGUCUUCCACUCGCCAGGCAAGACCAAGGUGGUCGCCACCGGUGUCGUGGGCUCCGACCCUUACCUUGCACCCGAGGUGCUGUCGCAGCAGACGUACGAUCCGCGCCUCACGGAUGUGUGGAGCUGUGCGAUCAUCUUCUUGUGCAUGAUCCUGCGCCGCUUCCCCUGGAAGCUGCCGGACAUGAAGACCGACCCGAGCUUCCGCCUGUUUGUCAACUCGCAUCCGGAGCUGUGCAAGCCACCGGCGUCCGAGGCCAAGAGCGACGGUGUGCCGAGUCGGCAGGGCAGCACAACGUCGAGCACGCUCGCCAGCCGCGUCAACUCGGGCAACGACGUGUCGGCCAUCCGCAGGACGCUCGGCAUGUCGUCCAUCGACCCGGUCACCAGCUCCGACGAUGCCGCCACGCCGCAGAUCCGAUCGGCCAAGGAGGCAGGCUACAUGACGCCGCACUCGAUCCAUUCGAACCCGCACUCGCCGUCGCUCAGCGACUCGUUCGACGCGCACAAGAUGCUGGGCGAAGACAGCAAUGGCAACGGCGGCGCACCUGUCGCGAGCCCCGGCGCCGUGUCCCCCGUGGUGUCGUCGCCGAGCUCGACGCUUGGCGACAGUGCGGAAGGCGGUGCGUUUGAUGACGUGCGUCCGCAUCAGCACCGCAGCGACAGCGUGUCGUCGGCGUCGUCGCAGACCACGUACACGUCCGGUGCGGCCGACAGCAUCUUCCGACUGCUGCCGCGCGAGACGCGCUCUGCGCUGUCGCGCAUGAUGGCGGUGGAGCCUUCGCUGCGAUGCACGCUCGGCGAUCUUUUACGCGGACGUCGGUUCAGCGAUACGGACAGCCCGCUCACGCGCACGCCCGUCAUGUCGCGCAGCAACAGCACCGACAUGCUGCGGUCUGCCAUCGACGGCGCGCACGCGCAGGCGCAUCCGGAAGGCUCGGGCACCGUGUCGCCGCGCAGCGGCACCAUCGACGGCAUCAGCCGCGACGCGCACGCGGCCGGGCUGGGCUCCAUCGGACUUACCGAGUUCGAGGAUGAUGAUGACCAUGGCGACGACUGGCUCAAGGGCAUCCGCACGUGUGCGCACAUCGUCAAGGACGGCAAACCGGGCGAGCAGCCCGACCACCCGCACGUCAAGGUCAUGAGCGAAGACAGCAAGCGCAAAAACUCGCUCUUCCACCGCAAGGACUGA